ACAUCGGUGGAGGACAUCGGUGGAGGACAUACAGACACAGGAAACAGCAGUGUGGCAGAUUAGAAAAUCUGGCAGCAGUUUGACGACGGUGACUCUUCUCUUCCAGACUCAACCAGUUGUUUGCACACAAACUCGACAGCUAGAGGAAGAGCUGUUCACACUGCCGACACACGAGGGGAACCUGAGGCUCAAGUUCAAGGGUGAUACCACAAUGAUGGGACUCAUACAUGGAAACUAGGAAGCAAUGUAGAGGAAGGAGGUGAUCAUGGACUGCAGGAGGUCACAGGAGAUGCUCCACAUGGAGAGAGGGAAGAUCUCUGAUGACCUCAGCUGUGAUUGUGAGACAAAGCCCCACAGAGACUUUGUGAGGAAACUGAAAGGAGCCUCACUCCCCACCAGCAUCAUCACGACCUCCUACAGAGUCACGUACCACAUCUCAACCUGGUGUCCCAGCUGCAACGAGUUGGACAAACAGCCCUGCAGAGGACAGUGGGGGGAGCUGAGGGGGACACUAGUGUCCCUCUGUCCAGGACCUCUUCCAGAGCCGGAUCAGGACCCUGAAGUGUUAGAGACUCACACCCGCUCCAGAACUCUUCUACACUUUACAUUAUCAGAACACUUUGAAUUCACAUGCUCUUUUAAAAUGGACAUGUGAUCUGAUCCGAUUUGACGUCUCUGUUUCCAGCACUUCUUGUCGUCUGUUGCCAUGGAAACGUGCCAUGACAGUUUUAUGUAAUAGUACAGAGGAACAGUGGGGGCGGGGUGAGCCGGAGGUAGUUACCAUGGCAACACUCUGUUAUCUCAUUACUGAAUGUGUGUGUGUGUGUUUUCCAGACCUGCGUCGGAUCACCGCGGGGUUUCUGGGAAUGGCAGCAGCCGUCCUGUUGUGUGGGUGCAUCGUGGCGUCGGUCGGAUUCUUCUGGGAGGAAAGUCUGACUCAGCACGUGUCCGGACUGUUGUUCCUCAUGGCAGGAAUCUUCUGCACCAUCUCUCUGUGCACGUACGCAGCCAGCGUGACCUAUGACCUCUCCAGAAACCCUCCGUUCAUCUACGGUCUGCCGGACGAUGUGGAUCAUGGUUACGGUUGGUCGAUCUGCUGCGCCUGGGCCAGUCUGGGUCUGACCGUGGCUGCAGGCUGCCUCGGCACCACUUUCCCUUUUCUGAGUCAGGCCGGAGCUCUGCGAUCCAAAACCGCUCGUGAAUCCUCCGUCUGAAACGCUGCUGCUCACCGUCAGAGCGUGAGGAAUAAACUGCAGCAGGUGUAUUUAACGGACUGUUGUAGGACGGGUGUCGUCCUCCAGGUGGAGCUGUGGGUUUUAUCUGCAGCAACAGACAGAGUCUCUGCACCACAGCGCCCCCUGCUGACUGUAACACGCCACUAUGGUGUAUAUGAUGUGGACAUUAAUGUACCAUCUGUUAAUUAACACACACAUGCACAGUAUACUAUGACUGUAGUUGAGUCAAAAUAUUUAAACUGCGAAGAUUUGUUUGAUCAUUUUUUAUGAUUUGGACUUUUCGAUCGUGACUGCCCCCCAGUGGUUUAAUCUGAGUUGACAGCAGAACCAGGAUCCAAGUUAAUUCAUCUGUGGAUAAUUUUCUCAGCUCUGCACACGUAUGAACAUGUAGUGCAUGUAUGAACAUGUAGUACACAUAUGAACAUGCAGCACAUGUAUGAACAUAAAGUACAUAUAUGAACAUGCAGCACAUGUAUGAACAAACAAUACAUGUAUAAAGAUGUAGUGCACGUAUGAACAUGCAGCACAUGUAUGAACAUGCAGAUAACAUACAGUACAUGUUCAUCCAUGUAUAAACAUGCAGUACAUGUCUGAACAAGCAGUACACACAUGCACCACAUGUAUAUUCAUACAUGUGGUGCAAGUGUGAACAUGUAUCAACAUACACGUGGUCAUGUCCACAGGUUAAAUGAUAUAUAAAGAUGUAUGUGCU